AUGGACGAAACACCACUAUUUUCCCCGUCAGCGCAAAGCCCUGCCACUAGCGAACUUCCUCCACUGGCUCAGCUUGUCACAUCCUCUGUUAGGCAGUCCGUAUGGGCGGCAGCGUUUGGCGUCUUGCUGCUGGCAGGAGCUCGAGCUGCUGUAGCGCAAACAGGUGACCACGUCAGCAUGAGCAGGAGCAGCAAGAAUGCUGUCACGUUAGCUGCUUCUACUUUGAACGGAGCUGCUUCUAAAGGGGGCGAUAACAGCGGCGACCUUCUGAGGAGUGCAGCAGCUGGUGCAAGAAAGAAUGUGGUUGGGGGAGAGGAGGGGAGAGGGGAAGAGGAGGAGAGCGAAGGAGCGGAGGAGGAGGCGGAGAUGGGCAGAGCGUACAGCCGGUGGGUGGAGAAGCCGGCAAGCCUGAGCGUGCCUCUCCGGGUGGUGGCGCUCAGAGGCACCGUGGCCAGCAUGUGGCGCAAGGACUUCCUGCAGUCGCAGUCGCCCCUGGCGAAGCUCACAGUGGACGCGCGCCCCUCCCACGCCGCCAUCGCCUCCGACCUCCUUGACCCGCUCCCCACCACUGCCACACCCAAUGCUCCCUCGCCCUCCUCCGCCCCCUCGUCUGCGCCCUCCACGGGGCAGAAGAAGGCCCGCGGGAAGAAGGGCGGCACACAGCCCUCCCUGCGCUCCGCUGCAGCUGCUGACGUUGUCACUGUUGGGGACAGGUGA